UUAAAAAUAUUUAAACUAAAGCAUUGUAAACAUUAAAAAAUAAAAAAAAAUAAUUUUUGACAAAAAUCGUGACCACGCCCCUUUAAUCUAUUUUUGUCAAAAACCAGGAAGUAAAUUACAGAUCUCAUGAAGUCUCACUUCAACCAUCGUCCGAUUCUACAACGCUUACAAAAUCAAGAUGGCAUUAUCCAACCCAGAAGUUUCAGAUUCUGUCCAGGAGGAACCAAUCAUUGGCCAGGACUGUUUGAUGUGUGGUACUGAAGGCUGUGAGAAGAACUGCCAGUUUUAUUGUAAUCACUGUCACCUACGAGUAUGUAAACAAUGCAAAGAUGAACAUCAAAAGAGUCUGGAAACCCAGACCCAUGAAGUGGUACCUUAUACACAACGCAAGAGACAACUUCCUGUAGAAAAAUGCAAGGAUCACCCGACCAAGGAUAUAGACAUGCUCUGUGAGGAUUGCCAAAUUCCAGUAUGUUCCAAAUGUGCAAUACAAAACCAUAGAAGACAUGCACUGAAUGAUUUAGAGACAAUUUAUUCAGAAAAAUUAACUCUUUGCCUUGAUGAAAUUUAUAAAAUCCAUCAGUAUUUUCUCCCAACUUCACAUGAUAUACAAGAAAAUAUAAAGGAUAAUCUCAAAGAAAUAAAAGCAACCAUAGAUAAAAUAAGAGCAUCCAUAAAGGCUGAAGCUGAAUUCCUUAAACGUUUGGUGGACACUGUGGCCUCAGAUGAAAUAGAACGAGUCAACAACAUGGAAGAGUCUCUAGAGGAGAAGCUUAAGAGUCAAGACAAAACCUAUCAAGAUUACAUCUCCUAUCUCGAGGACCUUGCCAGAGAGUUCCAUGGCUACCUGUCCUCUACCAAAGUCCAAAGCAAUCCACUCAUUCUUUCUCAACCUGACCAGCUGAAAAUCCAACCCAUACCAAAAACCAUUAUACCAGUCCAUCCAGCAUUUACUGCUGGACAAUACAGCAAGGAAGAUGUCACCAAACUACUGGGUAGAGUAACUGUUCCUGACACUAAACCAGAGAACAGAAAAAUAAAACCCAUGGAGACUGCCACUACACAGUUAAAACCUACAGAACAACAGAGGAAACAAGACAGAGAAAAAUCUGCCAUGAAACUGUCUCUGUCUUCCUCUGUCACCAAGGUCAGGGAGUACACAGUACCAGGUGUAUACAGUGUAUAUCAUAUAUCACUAGGUAAAUCAGGCAGAAUCUGGGCAAGUGAUGAAUGUGGUAGUCUAGUCCAAACAGAUCUACUGGGGAAUCUGCUACAGAAGAUACAGACCGGUGGUGGAUAUGAAGGCUACCACACAGCUACAGAGGACAAAGAUAUCAUCUUUACAGACAGAAAGAACAAGUUCAUUAAUAGGAUAAAACCGGAUAAUACAAUCACUAAAUUUAUCAAAACGAGAGACUGGGAACCAAUCAGCUUACACUCCUCUCACAUCAACGGGGACAUACUGGUGGGGAUGAUAAAGGGUAGAGAGGCUAAAGUCACCAGGUACAACAAGGCAGGAGAAGAAAUACAGAACAUUCAGUGGUACAACAAUGGUCAGGAACUGUACAUUCAUCCACACUACAUCACAGAAAACAUCAAUGGUGAUAUAUGUACAUCAGAUAAUAAAAAACGUGCUGUAGUGGUGGUAAAUAAAUCAGGACAACACAGGUUCUCCUACACAGGUCAGGGAUCAGGGUUUCAUCCUUCUGGUAUAUGUACUGAUCUCCUUGGUCACAUUCUCGUGGGCAACGAUCCUCUCUUGGACAAGUUCUAUAUACCAAGUGAUAACACAGUUAAUCUACUGGAUCAAGACGGACAGUUCUUGUUUCUAAUACUCCCACUACUACCAAUGGUAUGGUUUUAUCAUGGUCUGUGUGUGGAUGAUGAGAACAAUCUCCAUGUUGUACAAGGGAACACCAACACAGUGACAGUGUACAAGUACCUCCAGUGAACAUUACUUUUGUAAGAAUAAUUUAUGAGGAGCUACUUUACUAUUUCAAUUACAUUCUGUGUAAAAUAAGAAUAAUUUACUUUUGUCAUAUGAAAACCAUUCUGAGCAAUAGAUAUAUGACUCUAGUGAAACAAAUACCAUUCCAAAUAUCUGAUGAUGAGAGUUAGCAGAAUAAUACAUUCUAUCAUUAGCUUAUCCAUUUAUCAAAUUAAAUUGUAUGUUAAGAUUCCUUCAUUUUUUUAAAAAAUUAUGAUAAUUAUUUCAACAAAAGUGAA